AUGUGGAUCAUCAACUGGUUCUACGAUGUUUUGGCCUCGCUGGGUCUCCUCAAUAAGCACGCAAAGCUUUUGUUCCUCGGUCUUGACAAUGCCGGCAAGACGACGCUGUUGCAUAUGUUGAAGAACGACCGUGUCGCCGUCCUUCAGCCUACCGCACACCCCACCUCCGAGGAGCUGGCUAUCGGCAACAACCGCUUCACGACCUUCGAUCUCGGCGGUCACCAACAGGUCUUCUUUUCCCUUGAAUGGAACACAACUAACGACCAAUUCUUCACAGCCCGCCGUCUCUGGAAGGACUACUUCCCCGAAGUCAGUGGAAUCGUCUUCCUCGUCGACGCCAAGGACUACGAGCGCUUCCCCGAGUCCAAGGCCGAGCUCGACGCCCUGCUCGCCAUGGAGGAGCUCGCCAAGGUUCCCUUCCUCGUCCUCGGAAACAAGAUCGAUCACCCGGAUGCCGUCAGCGAGGAUGAGCUCCGCCACCAGCUCGGUCUCUACCAGACCACUGGUAAGGGCAAGGUUCCUCUCGAGGGAAUCCGGCCUAUUGAGGUGUUCAUGUGCAGUGUUGUUAUGCGUCAGGGAUAUGGCGAGGGCAUCAGAUGGUUGUCCCAAUACGUCUAA